UUAACCACAGAACAAGGAAGCUUGUAUUUUCAAGACUCUCCUACAACGAUGACUCGCUGCUCAGAACUGAAGUGUUCUGUUGUCAUAAUUCUGACUUUCAACAUCUUUUGUACCGUCUCACAAAAUGCACAGGUACUUGAUUAUUUUGUGGGCUGCUUUCAAAACGGCACAGCGGAGGUACAGUUGGAAUUGAAUUCUCAAGAAAUAUUCUAUGUGGAUUUUGACAAAGAGACAAUUGAAUACACCGGGCCUCCAUUUUCUAAGUUUGACCCAAGUGUAAUAUUUAAUAAUCUGCACUUAUACCGUAAUGCUAAGAAAAACAAGAAUGCCUGCUUAGUAGCAGCCCCAUUGGUAGCAAUAGAAACAGGACAUCCACCAGAGGAGAGAGACCCUCCUGAGAGUCUCCUCUACACUGCAGAAGAAGCUGAGCUCGGAGUGAAAAACAGCCUCAUCUGCUUUGUCAAUUAUUUCUACCCACCUUUAAUCAAAAUAAAAUGGACCAAAAAUGGCAACCCGGUGACUGAGGGGGUCUCACUCAGCCGGUAUUAUCCUAAUGAAGACCAAACCUUCCACCAGUUCUCGACCCUGAUGUUCACUCCAAGUGAGACAGAUUUUUACAACUGCACUGUGGAGCAUUCAGCACUGGAGAUGCCUGAAACGAUAAUCUGGGAACCCAAAUUUUCUCCUCAAACUCCUGAAGCUCUUGGACUGGAUGUUUUCUGUGGCUUGGGCCUGACUGUGGGCGUGUUGGGUGUUGCAGCUGGAACAUUUUUCAUAGUCAGAGCACUCCCCUGAAAAUUAUUACUUAGUUUUUAAGAAAGUAUAUUGCUAACUAUACAUGGAAACAAUUAUUGUAUUCAUUCAAGAGCUUGGUUUUGAAAGAAGUCAGAGGUACAAUAGUUAUUUCUGUUUUCAGUAUCGUGUAAUACUCUGGAUUACUUCUGUUGCUCGGCAGAUAUGUUCCAUAUUUUUCUCUUUGUUUGGUAUCCUGACUGGCAUAGCUACCUUACCAGCCUCGAGUUCCCCAAUCACUUGUUUCCACUCUGCAAAUGGGUCCUUUUUUGUAUAGUUAACUCCAGAUUUCAAUGUUUGAACCAAAGCUUUGUAGCAACUAUUUCUCCUGUUUUUCCUUUGCUCUGUCCAAGCGCUUUACCUAUUGUGGUUUUCCAGGUUAAGCCUCAUAUGUAAGGAUUUUAUUAUGUGAACGAGUCUUUUGUGACAUACAUUAGCUUCACUCAUUUAAACAUAUUUUUUUUACAUAGUUUAGCAACUUUAUCCAUAUAAAGACCAGCACCUGUGAUGAAGCACCUGUAAUUUCUUUCUGUAUGAACAAUUGAAGUGGGUGCAAUUCAUCGAUGUGUCGAUGCAUCGCGAUGCGUCACGUGACGAUUUGGAAUCAAUUAAUUAAAAAAAAAAACAUUUUUUUUUUUUAAGUUAUCCUAUCCAGAUUCCAGACUGAAUAAGCUGCUGAAUCAUUUCAUUUUCAAGAAUGCACAUUUCUUAUUGUUCACUUGAAAUAUGGCAGAUAUGUUUACACUAAAUAAAUUUGAUGGAAGUACA